AUGCUCCAAAUCGCCAUCAACUCCGACCCGAAUCCAGAAAGGAACGACCCACUAGAAGGCCAAACGUUCCUGUUGCAGUCCAGGUCGAGAGUCUUCACUGUUUUUCCUUUCUGUGUCUUCAAUCAGAAGUUAGAUUGCCAAUUCAAUUUCUUGCUGAAUUUCCAUCUCUUCUUGUUCCACUGGCUAGUUGUAACCAGGUACUUGGGUCAUGGCUGUGGAGUUGGGGUACACAAGAUCAGAGUGAAUGCAAUAUCACCUGGGCUUUUCAGAUCUGAAAUUACCGAGGGUCUUAUGCAAAAAGAUUGGCUACACAAUGUGGCUAUGAGAGCUGUCCCUUUGAGAACAUAUGGCACUUCAGAUCCAGCAUUGACAUCACUAGCUCGUUAUUUGAUACAUGACUCCUCUGAAUAUGUCUCGGGCAAUAUUUACAUUGUUGACGCAGGAGUCACCUUGCCAGGUGUCCCAAUUUUCUCUUCCCUUUGAAUUUCAUGCUGAUUUAUAUUC